CUCUGAGCGCAGUGUAUCUUCCCCCAAAGAAUUGCCGCACCUACUGCACACGUCGCUGCGUUCCGCCCUCUUUCUAGACUAGACAAGUCUGGUUCGACUGCCCAGGCCACUCCCCCAGCGAGCGUGCUCGUCUCGCUCGCGCUUCCUUCGUUCCCCUGCCUUGGUGCUCGUAUAGUAACACGAAUUUGUAAUUUUAGUCAAGCCAGUCAAACUUCGCCGCGCCAGCAUGGCGCGUCCCGACGCCCUUCAGUCUAGAUCCCCCGGGGGCGGCUUCCGCGGUGGCUCCCGCGGAAGGGGCGGCUUCCGCGGGGGUUCCCGCGGGAGGGGCAGGUCAAGCUCGCCUGGUCGGGGCGGGAGUUUUGGCGGCGGCCGCGGCGGCGGUCGCGGGGAGAUUGGUGGCGGUAGGGGAGGGGGGAGAGGAGUCAGCAGGGGAGGCGGGAGAGGGUUCGGGGGAAGAGGCGGCGGGGGCAGGGGGUUUGGCGGAAGGGGAGGGGGAAGAGGGUUUGGGGGAAGAGGCGGGGGCAAGGGUUUUGGCGGAAGGGGAGGGGGAAGAGGGUUCGGAGGAAGAGGCGGGGGCAGGGGUUUUGGCGGAAGGGGACGGGGAAGGGGCGGCGGAAGAGGCGGCGGAUUUGACGGCGGGAAAGGCGGCGAAUUGGAUAGCGACGAGGAGGAGGUGGAUGCGGGGUACGAGGUGGCGGAGGAGCUGCCGGAGGAAGCUUCCGCGAAGAACCGGCGGUACGAUGACGUGGACGUGUACGAGUACGAGCUCCCGGCGGACUUUGAGGACGAGGAGAUCGAUGAAGACGGGGCUUUUACCGAAGAGGAGAAGAAAAUGGGCAUGGGGCGAGGGGCGGAGGAGGAGGGAGAGGAGGAGGAAGAGGAGGAGGAGGAGGAGGAGGAGGAGGGAGGGGGUAUGCUUGAUAGUGACGAAGAGGAGGGGGAGGAAGACGAGGAGGAGGAGGAGGAUGAGGAUGAGGGGGAGGAGGGAGAGGGGGAGGAGGGUAAAGGAUGGGAAAAGGGGAGAAAGAAGCUUGGGAAAACGAAGGGUUUCGGAGAGGGGGAGGAUGGGGAAGGGGAGAGCGAGGAGGAGGGCGAGGGAGUGGAGGGAGAAGAGGAGGACGAGGGAGAGGAGGAGAGUGAGGAGGACGAGGAGGACGAGGAUGAGGAGAAGCAUCAGCAGCUGUUGGCCGAUGUGGUGGCGAGACAGCAAGGCAGGGAAGCUAGGAAGCCCCGUGGCGGCAUUGCCCUCAAGGCGUCAGCAGUGGUGUCUGAGAAUCUACCCGAGUCCGAGUUCAAUCUCACAGCAGCCAAGGGAGCAGCCCUGGCAGCCGCAGCCGAUGCAGCAGCAGCAGGUUCGGCAGCAGGAGGGGCGGCAGCUUUCCCUGCCACUGCACCAGGCUCGGCAGCAGGCUCGGGAGGAUUGUCCGUGGAGGAUUUGCUCCGGCCGUUGGGGCAGGGCGGGGCUGGUCUGUCAGGCUCGGCAGUGGCAGGCUCGGCAGCCGCAGGCUCGGCAGCAACAGGUCUGGGAGUUGCAGGUUCGGCACUGGCUGGGCUGAAGAAGCAGAUGAGGAGGAUAGAGGAGAGCGGGGCGCCUGACACGGGCCCGCUGCCAACGAUCGUGCGAGAGCGGCUGGAGAGGAAGGCUGCCUACGAGGCUUCUUCUAAAGAGGCGGCCAAGUGGCUGCCCUUGGUGCAGCAGAACCGUCAAGCCCCCUCCCUGAAUCUUAUCGAUGAGCUGCCGGCCCUGCCAGUGCUAAAGUCCACAGACGUGCUGAUCAACAAGUUCAAGCCUCAGACGGACAUGGAGAAAGAGAUCGCUGCUGCGCUGGCUGCUGCUGGGGUGGGGGACGACAGGAAGAUCGCGAAUGGGGAAGCUCUGGCUCUAAACAAGAUGUCAGUUGAAGAGGCACGGGACAGGAUGAACCGGCUGGCCAAGAUGCGAUCGCUGCUGCUGCAACACGAAGCCAAGGCAAAGCGAGUGAAGAAGAUCAAAUCCAAGACCUUCCACAAAAUGGAGCGGAAAGCCGAGGAGAGGAAGAGGAAGAAGGCGCUUGCAGGGGGGGGAGGAGAGGUGGGGGUGGGGGGAGGAGGAGAGGAGGAGGAAUGGGAGGAUAAGGAGGCGGCGAGAGAGGCGGCGAUCAAGCAGGAGUUUUUGAGGGCUAAGGAACGGAUGACCCUUCGACAUAAGAACACCUCUAAGUGGGCCAAGAGGAUUAUAGAGAGGGGAAUGGCUGCUAAGGCUGCCGUGGGGGGCCAGGGGACGAGGGAGGCUAUAGCCGAACAGCUAAGAACGCAUGCCUUGCUUACGAGGAAGAUUCAUUCUGCGACAAUUGGGAGGGGAGAGGGAGAGGAGGAGGAAGAGGAGGGGGAGGACGGGGAGGAAAGGGGGAGCGGAUGGGGGGAGGGGGAGGAGGGGGAUGGGGCAACGAAGACUGGUCUCUUUGCCUUGCCGUUUAUGGCGAAGGCUAUAGAGAGGAGGAAAUUAGAGGCUCAGAAGGAAGCUAUAGAGGCGAUUAAAGACCUAGAGCAGGGGUUGGAAGGGGAGGGGUAUGAGGAUGGAGAGGAUGGUGGGGGGCAGGGCGGAGGAGGGAAGAGUGGGGGGAAGGGCGAGGGGAGGGAGUUGAAGGAGGAGAGGGAGGCAGCAAGACAGAUGAAGGAAAUGCUUCAAGCUGGACGAGGGUUCGCCUUUACUGGGUUGCCGCUUGCUGACAGCACUGCAGCUGCCUCACUGGACGUCUCACUCCCAUUAUCCGUACCAGAUGUGAGGAGGGCAGCAGCAGCAGCAGCAGGGUGCAGUAACCUGCAGUCUAUGCUGCGGCACACAGGGGGGGGAGGGGAGAGGGGGAUGAGUGAGGAAGAGGGGGAGAGAGAGGGUGGGAUGGUGGAGGAGGAGGAAGAGGAGGAGGAAGGGAGAGAGGAGGACGGGGGAGAAGGGGGAGUGAAGGGGAAGAAGAGGGCAAAGAAGAGUGGAGGGGAAGGGGGUAAGACAGAUGAUGGCUAUGGUAUGGGUGUUGUGGGCGUUAUGCAGGAUGACAAUAGCGAGAGUGAGAAGGAGGAUGGGGAGGAGGAUAUAGACGAUGGAGUGGCUUAUAACGAGGGGAUGCGCGUGGAGGGUAAGGGGGAUGCUUAUAUGGGGGAUGCGGAAUGGGGCGAGGAGGCGGGAGAAAGAGUGGAACGGGGGAUAGAGGAGGAGGAGGGGGGGGAGGAGGGAGGGGAGAGACAGACAGGCAAGAAGAGAAAGGGGCUCGGAGAGAAUGGAGGGAGCGAGUACGAAAAGGAACAAGCCGAGCUCAUGCGAUUGGCCUUCGCAGGAGAUGACGUGGCAGCGGAAUUCGAGGCGGAGAAGGAGCGGGUAGUUGAGAAGGAAGUGGGGAGGGAGGAGGGGCCGGUGACCCUACCCGGGUGGGGGCAGUGGGAGGAGGUGCAGAGGAGGAAGGGGGCGCCUAAGUGGAUAGAGGAGGAGCGGGAAGCGGCUAAGAGGAGGCGGAUGGACGCUGUGAAGCAGAGGGCGGACUCAAAGCUGAAGCACGUGAUCGUGUCGGAGAAGGACAACAAGAAGAUCGAGAAGUUUUUUGUGCCCGAGCUGCCCAACAUGUAUCGAAACCGGGCAGAGUAUGCGCGCAGCAUCCGCACCCCCAUUGGCCGGGACUUCAACACCGAAGCAGCUUUCCGCUCCAUGACCCGGCCAGCGGUGAUGAAGCCAGUGGGAGUGGUCAUUAAGCCGGUCAGAUACGUAAAGAACGCGGGGCCCGCUGAGGAACCCACCAAAAAUGCUGCUGGUGCAAAGAAGGGGGCUAAGGGAGGGGGAAAGGGCAAGGUUGGAGGUAAAGCUGGCAACAAGCAGGGGAAAGGCGGAGGUGGCGGCGGCGGUGGUCGUGAUGGUGGUGGUGGUGGGAAGGCAAAGGGAGUUGGAAAUGGGAAUGGUGGGAAGGGUAAGGCGAAGGUUCAUAAGUCGUAGCAACAGCUAGUUGGACGCUGCUCGCUGGAGAUUCUGGAUAAACGGUUGAGAUAGGCCGAGCGUUCUGGAUCCUGGACAGGGUGUUCCUGGAUCCUUGCGAUGCGAAUGCUCACAGCUGCCCUGCAACCAUUAUGGACUCAGCGCCGUGUGCAGGGUUUCAGCAAGGAUUUUAGGCCGUCUGACAUUCAGCCGGGGUUUCAAACUUUCGUCUGACCAUCAUACGAUUUUUUUUGGCCGGUCUGGUGUUUCAGACGAAACUUUUGGCAUGGUCUUACAAUUCAGACAAAACGUUGCGGGGGUUUUGUCAAACAUAUAUUGUAUGUUUUUGUAGACUAUAUAGGGUUGCACCUUAGGGAGUACAACCCAUUAGGUUAUAUUCCCGUGUAU